CGUGAAAGAUUGGUGAGAUCAUCAUCAACCACGUGAGGCGCUCUUCCUCACUGUGGGAGAAAUAUACACAAACAUGGCGACAAAGCGAACGCUUAAGAUGCUGUCUCCCGUUCGAAUUACAUUGCAGCUUUUAUUAUUUUAUCUUACAGGUCUGAUUUCUUCCACGCUUCAUCUCCCUCGCAGUCAGACGUUUAUGUUGCCGCAGGAUCGCGGCUUUUCCUUGGUGACUGUGGGCGAAGAUUACAUUCAAGCAGCGGGCGCCGAGGGUCAAACACAAGACGUGCGUCUCGAGAGGGAAGCCAGAGAAGCCUCUCCAGUGCAAAGGCAUCGGUAUCGCCGUGCUGCUGAAUCACCCGUGCCGAAGGUGUACGGAAGGGCAAACCUCAAUGACUCCCAUAACCAGAUGGUCGUGCACUGGGCCGGAGAGAAGAGCAACGUCAUUGUGGCGCUGGCCAGAGACAGUGUCGGAGCCAUCGACCCGAAACCAAGCUCGAUAUAUGUUUCCUACGACUAUGGCACGGAUUUCCUAGCCAUUCCUGAAAGAUUCCAGCUGACUGGUGCCAAGGAACAAAGCAAGCAGGUCAUCUCUCAGUUUUACCACAGCCCUGCUGAUAACAAAAGGUACCUCUUUGCAGACAUCACCAACAGCUACAUUUGGAGCACCUUUGACUUCUGCAAAACCAUCCAAGGAUUCUCCAUCCCCUUCAAGCCCACAGACCUUCUACUACACAGUACGAAGCCAAACCUGGUGCUAGGCUAUGACAGCUCCCAUCCAAAUAAACAGUUGUGGAAGUCAGAUGAUUUUGGCGAAACAUGGGUGUUAAUUCAGGAGCAUGUGAAGUCCUAUUUCUGGGGCGUGGAGCCGUACGACAGCCCCAAGACGGUGUUUGUCCAGAGACACGAGCCCCAGGGUGGCUCCAGCAUCCUCAGCAGCACCGACUUCUUCCAGAGCGAGGAGAACCGUCACGCCAUCCUGGAGCGUGUGGACAACUUCCAGCUCCGGGACAAAUACAUGUUUGCCACCACCACCAGGACUUUAAUAGGAAGUCAUCAGCCUGCCACCGUCCAACUAUGGGUGUCCUACAACCGCCAGCCAAUGAAAGCAGCUCAGUUUCAGACCCGUCAUCCAAUCACAGAGUACUACAUCGCCGACGCGUCCGAGGACCAGGUCUUCGUCUGCGUGAAUCACAACAACAACAUUACGCACCUGUACAUCUCGGACACUCAGGGCCUGCGCUUCUCCCUGUCCCUGGAGAAUGUGCUCUACUACAGUCCCCAAGGCUCCGGUAGCAACACGCUCAUAAGAUACUUUGCCAACGAGCCCUUUGCAGAUCUGCAUCGCGUGGAGGGCCUGCGGGGGGUGUUCAUAGCCACGCUGAUCAACGGCUCGGUGAACGAGGACAACAUGCGCUCCGUCAUCACCUUCGACAAGGGGGGCACCUGGGAGCUGCUGCAGCCGCCCACCUCUGACAGCUUAGGAGGCGUGGUGGACUGCCAGAUCUCCAGAGGCUGCUCGCUACACCUGGCCCAGCGCUGGAGUCAGCUGCUCAACAUUCAGCUGCGCAGGAUGCCCAUCCUCUCCAAAGACUCCGCUCCCGGACUCAUCAUGGCCACAGGCUCAGUGGGGAAGAAUCUGGCAAACAAGCCCAACGUGUACGUGACCAGUAGCGCGGGGGCUAGGUGGAGGGAGGCACUGGCCGGACCUCACUUCUACACCUGGGGUGAUCAUGGAGGCAUAUUGAUGGCCAUUGCACAGGGAUCUGCCACCACCAAACUCAAGUUCAGCACCAAUGAGGGUGAGACAUGGACGGAGUUCCUGUUCUCCAAGCGGGAGGUGUACGUGUACCAGCUACUGACGGAGCCGGGCGAGAAGAGCACCAUCUUCACCAUCUUUGGCUCCUACGCAGACCAGAAGCACAGCUGGCUCAUCCUGCAGCUCAACGCCAGCGACGUCCUCGGCGUGCCAUGCUCCGAGGGGGAUUAUAAGAGCUGGUCUCCCUCUGAUGAGCUGGGCAAUGGCUGCCUGCUGGGCAGAGAGAUGGUGUUCAAGCGCCGCACGCCCCACGCCACCUGCUUCAACGGCGAGGACUUCGAUCGGCCCGUCACGCUGUCCAACUGCUCCUGCACGCGACAGGAUUAUGAGUGCGACUAUGGCUUCAAGCUAAGUGAGGACCUGUCUCUUGAGGUGUGUGCGCCCGACCCUGAGUUCCUGGGCAACCUGUACGCCCCUCCGGUGCUGUGUCCCGUGGGAACGACGUACCGCCGCAGCAGAGGGUACAGGAAGGUCUCUGGGGACAGCUGCAGCGGAGGAGACGUGGAGGAGAGACUGGAGGGAGAGAUGCUUCCUUGUCCUGUAGGAGAGAGUAACGAGUUCAUCCUGUACGCUGUGCGGAGCUCCAUCCACCGCUACGACCUGGCCACAGGCACCGACCAGCGGCUGCCCCUCACAGGCCUCCGCGAGGCUGUGGCGCUGGACUUCGACUACGACAGGAACUGUGUGUACUGGGCUGACAUCUCACUGGAUAUUAUACAGAGGCUGUGUUUGAACGGAAGUUCUGGACAGGAGGUCAUUGUCAGGAGGGGGCUUCAGAACGUGGAGGCGCUCACCUUUGACCCCAUCAGCCAGCUGCUCUUCUGGGUGGACGCGGGGGCACAGAAGAUUGAAGUGUCCAACCCUGACGGAGACCUGAGACGCACACUGCUCAACUCCAGUGUCCUGGAACACCCACGGGCCUUGACCGUGAUACCGGGACGGAGCCUGAUGUUCUGGACGGACUGGGGCGACCGCGCCGCCGGCUUGUACCGCAGCUGGAUGGACGGCUCCAACGUCUCCUGGAUCGUGUCUGAGGGCGUGCGCUGGCCCAACGGGAUCACCGCUGAUGACCGAUGGCUCUACUGGACCGAGGCGUACGGAGACCGCAUCGAGAGGGCCGACUUCAACGGAGGCCAGCGCAGCGUCCUGAUGGAGGGCCUACCUCACCCGUACGCCAUCGCUGUGUUUAAGAAUGAUCUGUAUUGGGACGACUGGUCCAGGAUGGGAAUCUUUAAAGCUCCUAAGUCAGGCUCACCUGACGGUGAGCUGCUGGUGGGAAGCCUCACUGGUGUCAUGGACCUUAAGAUCUUCUACAAGGGCAAAACUAAAGGCACUAAUGCAUGUGUGGACCAGCCGUGCUCCCUGCUCUGCCUGCCCCAGCCAGGGCAGCGCCACGCGUGUGUGUGCCCCGACGGCACGCCCAUCACCACCCUGCCCUCCGGCGAGUUGCAGUGCCAGUGCCCGCAUGGCUACCAGCGCCACAACAACACCUGUGUGAAGCUAGAGCACACCUGCCUGCCUAACCAGUACCGCUGUUCCAAUGGGAAGUGCAUCAGUAGCAUCUGGAAGUGCGACAGCGACAACGACUGUGGAGACAUGAGCGACGAGCAGGACUGCCCUACCACUGUGUGUGACCCUGCGGUGCAGUUCCGCUGUGCUGCCUCUGGUUCCUGCAUCCCUCUGGCCUUCAAAUGUGACCAUGAGGAUGACUGCGGGGACAACAGUGAUGAAGAACACUGCGAGAGCCACCAGUGUGGGCCCGGAGAGUUCACAUGCGCGAGAGGUGUGUGUAUCCGUGACGCCUGGCGUUGUGAUGGCGACAACGACUGCCGGGACUGGUCUGAUGAGGCCAACUGCACAGUGGGCCACCACACAUGCGAGAGCGGCAGCUUCCAGUGUCACACCGGCCACUGUAUCCCCCAGAAGUGGGUGUGUGACGGAGACGAUGACUGCCAGGACAGCUCGGAUGAGGAGCCCUCUCAGUGCGAGGGUGAACGCUGCAAUGGGUUCCUGUGCUCCAAUGGCACAUGCCUGCCCUCUAGUGCGCACUGCAAUGGCGUAGAGGACUGUCCGGGGGGCGCCGAUGAACAACACUGUGACCCUCUGUGCACGCGCUACAUGGAGUUUGUGUGUAAGAACAGGGCCCAGUGUUUGUUCCAGUCUCUGGUGUGUGAUGGGAUGAGACACUGUGCCGAUGGCUCAGACGAGGACCCCACCUACGCAGGCUGCUCCAAUCAACCUGAGUUUGAGAAGACAUGUGAUGCCUACAACUUCCAGUGUGCCAAUGGUGUGUGUGUGAGUCUGGACUGGAAGUGUGACGGCACCGAUGACUGCGGAGACUACUCUGAUGAGGCCAACUGUGCGUCCCCCACGGAGGUGCCGGGCUGCUCGCGCUACUUCCAGUACGAGUGUAAGAACGGCCGCUGCGUGCCCAGCUGGUGGAAGUGUGACGGGGAGAACGACUGUGGAGACUGGUCUGACGAGGCCCAGUGCACAGAUGGAGUACCUGCCCACACCCCUGCUCCCGGCCCCUCCUCCUGCGCCCCCAACCGUUUCCACUGUGGCUCGGGCGCCUGCAUCAUCAACAGCUGGGUGUGUGACGGCUACAGCGACUGUCCCGACGGCAGUGACGAGGCAGGCUGUCCCACAGCCUCCAACAGCUCCCUGCCGCAGACGGCUGCACCGACCCCCGCCGAUCCCACCCCCUGUGGCAGGGGCCAGUUCUCCUGCCAGCGACCCCACGCCUGCAUCCCGGCAUGGCAGCGCUGUGACGGCACCAACCACUGCGAGGACGGCUCCGAUGAAACCAACUGCCCCACGCGGAGGCCUCUGCAGUGUGCGAACGGGACUAUGUGUGCAGACGGCGAGGCGUGUGUGUUGGACAGUGAGAGGUGUGAUGGCUUCCUAGACUGCUCGGACCACAGUGAUGAGGACAACUGCACUGCAGACUCUCUGGCCUAUAAGAUCCAGAAUCUGCAGUGGAAGCCUAAUUUAUCUGGUGCCAUCACCCUCACAUGGUCUCGGCCCAAAAACAUGUCCCUGACCUCCUGCUACUUCCAGGUCUACUACAGGUUGGUCGGGGCUCAGCAGUGGAGCCUGAUGGACACCCAUAGCAGUAAGAGCACCUACACGCUCACCGUGCUGAAGCCAGACACCACCUACCAGGUGAAGGUGCAGACCCAGUGCCUCAGCCGGCAGCACAAGACCAAUGAGCUCAUCACCAUACGCACACCAGAGGGCUUUCCGGACCCUCCAGAGAACCUGCAGCUGGCUUGUGGUAAGGGCGAGGACGGAACCGUGCGGGUGUCCUGGACGCCACCUGCAGAGUCCCAUGGCCUCAUCCGAGAGUACAUUGUUGAGUACAGCAAGAAGGGCAGUGCUGAGUGGUUUUCCCAGCGCAGCAGUGGCAACAGCGCUGAGGUGAAGAGCCUGGAGCCUAGUGCCCUCUACAGGUUUAGGGCGGCAGCAGUGACUGGCAGGGGUGUUGGAAAUUGGACUGCCCUGAAAUCCAUUGUCCCUCAGAAAGCUCUGCCGGCUCCUACUGUGGAACUUGGCACGGUCACAGAAAACACCCUGAGCCUGGCCUUCAGCUACGAGGUCCAGUAUGAGGUGAAGCAGUUCAUAGUGGUGUUGUCCUGGGUGUUUGAUGACCAUGUGAAGGAAAGCAAAAACUAUACAAUCCAUGGCAAGAGUCUGAAAGCGUCGAACCUGACUGCCGGUACGGUGUAUGAGGUGGUGGUGUGGGCCCACACCCGUGAUGGAGACAGCCCCAUCGCUCUGUUCCGCCAGCAGACGGCCGGCGCCCAGCCGUACGCCCCACUCCUCAAGGCCCGCGCGCUCAACCAGAGUGCAGUGGACUGCAGCUGGAACUCCUCCACUGGAAUGACGUACGGUAUCUUUUUUGCCACGUCCUUCCUGGAUAUGUACCACGGCCCUCACAGUGAGACCAGCAACAGCAGCAGUGUGACGGUCACUGUUGACGCCGAUGAGCAGUACCUAUUCCUGGUGCGGGUGAUCUCUCCCUACCUGGGACCCCCUUCAGACUAUGCCGUGGUGAAGAUGAUCCCGAGUGAGAGGCUUCCACCUCGCAACCUGCACAGGGUGCGCGUGGACCAGACCCAGGCGACGCUCAAGUGGCAGCCCCCCUACGACUCCCCCAGCUCCCCUCUGACCUAUGCAGUGCACCUGCGGGACACGCUGCGCAAGACGGAGCGCAGCUACAAGCUGACCACCCUGAACAACACGGUGGAGUACAGCCUGAAGGACCUGGAGCCCGGCGGCCACUACGUCAUCACCGUGAGGCUUCGCAACAUGAGCAAGGAGGCCAGCUACACCCUCAACACAGUCCCCUUGGCCGCUCCCGAAGCCCUGAAGAUCCUGAACGAGCCCGACCACAUCAUCCUCCUCUGGAAGAGCCUGGCUGUGAAGGAGAAGACUUUUAAUGAGAGUCGGGGCUACGAGGUGCAUGUGUACGACAGCGUCACCAACGCCACCACCUGCCUGGGCAACACAACCGAGACCUUCCUGCGGAUCAACAACCUGCUGGCCCAGCACAACUACACCUUCUCCGUGCGCGCCCGCUGCCUCCUUAACGGGCAGCUCUGCGGGGAGCCCGCCCUGCUGCUCUACAACGACCCGGGAAACGACGAAGGUCCUACCGAUAAAGGCGCUCAGUCUGGCCGCUCUGGAGACAUGGCAGCGGUGGUGGUGCCCGUGCUGUUCCUGCUGCUGCUGGGGCUGUGUGGCGGCCUGCUGGUCCUCUACCUGCGACACCGCCGCCUCCAGCACAACUUCACCACCUUCGCCAACAGCCACUACAACUCCCGCCUGGGCUCGGCCAUUUUCUCGUCAGGGGAUGAACUGGGUGAUGAUGAUGAAGAUGCACCCAUGAUCAGUGGUUUCUCAGAUGAUGUUCCCAUGGUGAUAGCGUAGCAGGAUCCUCCUCCUCCUCCUUCUCAUCAUAAUCAUCAUCAUCAUCAUUCUCGCUCCUCACUCCUCCUCCUCCUCCUCCU